AUGUUUCAUUUACAACAGAUAAUCCGUGUCCAGUCCCCCGAUGGGGUGAAGCGGAUCACAGCAACAAAGAGAGAAACAGCUGCAACAUUUUUGAAAAAGGUUGCAAAGGAAUUUGGCUUCCAAAAUAAUGGCUUCUCAGUUUACAUCAAUAGAAACAAGACUGGAGAGAUAACAGCAUCCUCCAACAAAUCUCUCAACUUGCUAAAAAUCAAGCAUGGCGAUUUGUUGUUCCUGUUUCCCUUGAGCCUUGCUGGGCCCUCAUCUGAAAUGGAGACAUCGACUCCACUGGGGUUUAAGGCCUUGGGCACUCCCAAUGUGGUGGAAGAUGAGAUCGAUCAGUACCUCAGCAAACAGGAUGGGAAGAUUUACAGAAGCCGAGACCCACAGCUAUGCCGCCAUGGUCCUUUGGGGAAGUGUGUACACUGCGUCCCUCUAGAGCCAUUCGACGAGGACUACCUAAACCAUCUUGAGCCUCCCGUGAAGCAUAUGUCCUUCCAUGCCUACAUCCGAAAGCUGACUGGAGGGGCUGACAAGGGGAAAUUUGUUGCCCUGGAGAACAUCAGUUGCAAGAUUAAAUCAGGGUGUGAGGGACACCUCCCGUGGCCUAACGGCAUCUGCACUAAGUGCCAGCCAAGUGCCAUCACGCUGAACAGACAGAAAUAUAGACAUGUGGACAAUAUCAUGUUUGAAAAUCACACUGUUGCUGACCGCUUCCUUGACUUCUGGAGAAAGACAGGGAACCAGCAUUUUGGGUACUUGUAUGGACGGUACACAGAGCACAAAGACAUUCCCCUUGGCAUCAGGGCUGAGGUGGCUGCAAUUUAUGAACCUCCUCAGAUUGGGACACAGAACAGCUUGGAGCUUCUUGACGAUCCAAAAGCCGAGGUGGUUGAUGAAAUUGCUGCCAAGCUUGGCCUGAGAAAGGUUGGCUGGAUAUUUACAGACCUUGUUUCAGAAGAUACCCGAAAGGGUACAGUUCGAUACAGUCGAAAUAAGGACACCUAUUUCCUGAGUUCAGAAGAGUGCAUUACUGCAGGAGACUUCCAAAAUAAACAUCCCAACAUAUGUCGACUCUCUCCAGAUGGACAUUUUGGAUCAAAGUUUGUGACUGCGGUGGCUACAGGUGGUCCCGACAACCAGGUCCAUUUUGAAGGGUACCAGGUAUCCAAUCAGUGCAUGGCGCUGGUCCGUGAUGAGUGUUUGCUUCCAUGCAAGGAUGCCCCUGAACUCGGCUAUGCCAAGGAGUCCAGCAGUGAGCAGUACGUGCCUGAUGUGUUUUAUAAGGAUGUAGACAAGUUUGGCAACGAGAUCACCCAACUGGCCCGUCCCCUGCCCGUGGAAUAUCUCAUCAUAGAUAUCACAACAACUUUCCCCAAGGAUCCUGUUUACACUUUUUCUAUUUCACAAAAUCCAUUUCCUAUUGAAAACCGGGAUGUAUUGGGUGAGACACAGGAUUUCCACAGUUUGGCCACCUAUUUGUCCCAGAAUACUUCGUCUGUGUUCUUGGAUACCAUCUCAGAUUUCCACCUCCUGUUGUUUCUGGUCACCAAUGAAGUUAUGCCUCUGCAGGACAGCAUCAGCUUGCUGCUGGAGGCUGUGAGGACCAGAAACGAAGAACUUGCCCAGACAUGGAAGAGGUCUGAGCAGUGGGCCACUAUUGAGCAGUUGUGCAGCACGGUUGGUGUGCAGCUUCCAGGCCUCCAGGAGUACGGCGCCGUUGGGGGCUCCUCGCAUGUGGCCACUGCUGCCAUGUGGGCUUGUCAGCACUGCACCUUUAUGAACCAGCCAGGCACGGGCCACUGUGAGAUGUGCAGCCUCCCCAGGACCUAGGGUUCCAGCCCUCUGCUGGGCACCCAGCCCUCUCUGAAGCCAGGAGCAUUGUGCGGUGUGUUCCCUGCGAUGGCCCCGCCGUGGGCAGCCCUAAAAGGGCAGGGGGCUGGCUCUCCUGGGCUCGCUGACCCACUGAAGCUUCUCAGCACAUUCUUCCUUGGAGAGAGGGAGCUACGGCUGGUGUUCUGCAGGCUGAAUGCAAUCUCCAAACUGGAAAUGCAGAGUGGCCCCACCUGAGAACGCCCCACACUCCUAACCCCGUGGACAAGCCCCCCACUGUGGUGGAAGUACCAUGUACCUCUCAAUCAUCACCUGGAAUUGGAGGGUACAGGGAGGGGUUGCUGCUGCCAUCCAGCUUUCUUUUUCUUCCUUUUUGAUGCUUUUUGUUCUUUGCCCCAUCCCCCACCCUGUAUUUUGGUUGGGAGCUCUUGGUUGCCUCUGUAUCUUGUUGCUCCGGGGCAGAGACCUGCCUGUGCGGGUCACUUUUCCUCUUCCAAGAUAGCCACUGUCUGAUAGACAUGAGUGGCCACAGGCUGACGGCCUGCUAUCUGCUCAAGCUGUGGAUCUGCAGGUUAAUUUGCUGCCUACCCUUUUUCUUCCCCUCACCUGACAUCCAGGUGGGAUUUUAAGGUCUGCAUUGGUUGUAAUAACAGUUAUCAGUAGUUUCUGCCCAGAAGACUUUUAUUUAUUUUUUUUAAGAUAAAAACUGCACAAAAGGGGAGUGAGAGACUAGUUUUCACUUCCUUCCCUCCUUUAGUGAAGCCCCUGUGGGUAUGUUCAGGGUGGAUGAGUAUGGACAGGGCACCAGUCAGUUCUUUGAAGUAAACCUCAGUGCCUGAGACUUUUCUACCAAGCCGCACAGCUGUGAUGGCUAUAGACACUGCGGGCUGAGCAGGAGCAAAGUGGUGGCUCUUGCCAUGUGGGCUGCUCUCCAGGUCCUGGAUGGAUGAGUUGGGUGCCCAGGACUGGAUGCUCUGGUCCCCCACAUAUACUGUUCCUCUUCCCAUGGCCCUGCCUGGCCCUGGUGUCUGGCACAGUAAUGAGGACGUUAGGGGCUUGGCUUCUCAUGAGGGCCACUUGGGACCUCUCUGGGGCACAUGACAGUUGGUACUGUACCUAUGGUGGGACUUCUGGGCAGUCCCAAACAGGUCCUGGUGGGGUCUUGCCUGUGUACUCUGCAGUCUCUGGUUUUCUCUGCAGCUAGCUGUGGCCUGGCCCUUCCCCAGCGGAGUUGUGGGCAUCUUGAAGCCUCUUUGCCUUAACGAUAAGCAGUAUCUGGGCUGCACUACGCCCAUGGAAAGACCAGCCCAGCCACAGACUGUGCUUGGGGACUUCUGUAUUUGCCCUAGGGGGUCAAGCCUGUGUGAUCUUCCCUCAUCCUUGGCACUGGACAGAGAAUGCUUGCCUGUUGGGCUCUCACAUGACCAGGGCUGUGACCGGCACCUCCAAGUCCACCUGGCAUGGGACACCAAGUGGAAGGCUCUUACUCUUGGGACCAAAGGGCAAUUAGGCUGUGUCUGGCCAUGACAGCACUGUCCUGGAGGGUCAGUAAUGGUGGAGAGUAGCUGGGCUGAAGUGGACUCCUGUGGGUGCAACUUCCGGCUUGUCUGCUGCAGGCUUUCCCCCCCCCCCCAGCUCCUCGCUGCUGUCCUCCCAAGAGAACCUCUGCCCUUAUGUGUGCCGUCUGGUUCCUAAGAUCAGCCAUGAGCCUGGAUGGCCUGGGCUCCUCUGUACCCUUUGCUUGCCUGUGUUUUUCCAAGGCCAUUCAUGCCAACACCAUUUCCCACCACUGGGCAGGUGCUGGAGACAGCACAGACUUCCAGAGACCUCACUACUGCUGUCACUGCCACCACCACCUCCACCACUGGUUUCUCUCCCACUUGCUAUCAUCUUUAUCCACUAAGCUAGCUUUCUUUUCUCCUCCAAUAUUUCCCUCACUCUAAAGUUCUGGCAUUCACAUAAUUCAUUUUUUCUUUUAUCUUUGCUUAAAGAAAAAGCAUUGUGAUUUUUCUGCUUCUGGUUUUGAGUUACUCUUUGUUCAGUAAUGCACUUUAUUUUAUUGUCCAAAGAGAGUCAGAGCUAAGCAUACAGGUUUAAAGGUGAGCCACAUUGAGGGCUCAAGCCCCAGGAGGCUCAGCCACCUCCUCUUGCGGGUAGGAUCCUCAGUCCCACCUCUCAUCCUCACCCCUGCCCUUGGGAUGGACAUACCACCUCAUGCCCCCAGGCUCCCAUAACCUAGUGAGGUUGACUGAGUGCACACCUACCCAGGUGAACACACAGUGACUGCCACAGUCUCCUGGCCCAGAGAGGAGGUGGGGUCUGGCCCCAGCCCACCUCCAACCAGGCUGCUCCUGGGACACAGGUGCUCCUGCUUCGGCUCCGUUUUUGGGCUUGCAGGUGUGCAUCGGCUGGGUUUGGAUUUGCAUUACAUUGACCCCAGCCCUGCAGUGGAACCUAAUAAAAGCGCCUGAAGCAAC